GCGCGAUCUCGUGGCCGCCCCCUCCCCUCUCUCGGCCUCCCGGGCUCUUGCUGCAGCGUCAGCCUCGCUCCGGCUUCGGCGGCGGGGGCGGCUCCCUCGCCUCAGCCCCGGCGCCCCUCGGCGCCCCUCGGCGCCCCUCGGCCCCAGUCCGCAGCGCUGCCGGCUCUCGGCCGCCCAGGCGCCGGCCUAGGCCGCGGCCUCAGCCCCGGCCUCGCGUCGGCGCCGCCCGCUCCCGGCCCGCCCCCUAUGGGCCCCGGCUAGAGGCGCCGCCGCUGCCGGCCCGCGGAGCCCCGAUGCUGGCCCGGAGGAAGCCGGUGCUGCCGGCGCUCACCAUCAACCCCGCCAUCGCUGAGGGCCCGUCCCCCACCAGCGAGGGCGCCUCCGAAGCAAACUUGGUGGACCUGCAGAAGAAGCUCGAGGAGCUUGAACUUGAUGAGCAGCAGAAGAAGCGGCUGGAAGCCUUCCUCACCCAGAAGGCCAAGGUCGGUGAGCUCAAGGACGAUGACUUCGAGAGGAUCUCAGAGCUGGGAGCCGGCAAUGGCGGGGUGGUCACCAAAGUGCAGCACAGACCUUCCGGCCUCAUCAUGGCCAGAAAGCUAAUCCACCUUGAGAUCAAGCCAGCCAUCCGGAACCAGAUCAUCCGCGAGCUGCAGGUUCUGCACGAGUGCAACUCCCCCUAUAUCGUGGGCUUCUACGGGGCCUUCUACAGUGACGGGGAGAUCAGCAUCUGCAUGGAGCACAUGGACGGGGGCUCCCUGGACCAAGUGCUGAAAGAGGCCAAGAGGAUUCCCGAAGAGAUCCUUGGGAAGGUCAGCAUCGCGGUUCUCCGGGGCUUGGCAUAUCUUCGGGAAAAGCACCAGAUCAUGCACCGAGACGUGAAACCUUCCAACAUCCUGGUCAACUCCAGAGGCGAGAUCAAGCUGUGCGACUUCGGGGUGAGCGGCCAGCUCAUCGAUUCCAUGGCCAACUCCUUUGUGGGGACUCGGUCCUACAUGUCUCCGGAGCGGUUGCAGGGCACACACUACUCGGUGCAGUCCGACAUCUGGAGCAUGGGCCUGUCUCUGGUGGAGCUGUCCAUUGGCAGGUACCCCAUACCCCCACCUGAUGCCAAGGAGCUGGAGGCCAUAUUUGGCCGGCCCAUGGUCGACGGGGCAGAAGGAGAGCCUCACAGCAUCUCGCCACGGCCGAGACCCCCCGGGCGCCCCAUCAGCGGUCAUGGGAUGGACAGCCGGCCGGCCAUGGCCAUCUUUGAGCUGCUGGACUAUAUUGUGAAUGAGCCUCCCCCCAAGCUGCCCAACGGAGUUUUCACCCCAGAUUUCCAGGAGUUUGUAAAUAAAUGCCUAAUUAAGAACCCAGCAGAACGAGCCGACCUGAAGAUGCUCAUGAACCACGCCUUCAUUAAGCGGUCCGAGGCGGAGGAAGUGGACUUCGCCGGCUGGUUGUGCAAAACACUGCGGCUCAACCAGCCCAGCACACCCACGCGCACCGUCGUGUGACGCCGCGGCCAGUGGAGACCUGGCCAGAGUCCCUGUCUGCGCCCCACCCUUCCAGCCACGCCUCACUUCAACCACCUCCUGCCCGUCCCGGCCAGCGCGCUCACGGGCCUCCGGGGAAGGGGGAUGCUGCUCCCGUGUCGUCUGGGAACCUGCUUACUUAGGUUUAAAAAACAAAACAGGGAAAGAAAGCAAACCGUGCUCAUCACA